CUCCCACCGUGGCACGCCACUCCAGUAUGGUGCUGCACACUGGGAUCCAGCUACUGUAGGCAAAUACAGCAGAGGGAGAACAGAGAGGCCUCUCUGUGCGUGUGAGUGUCAGACAGCUCAGCAGCAUCAUGGACACAGAAUAUUCCAAAAGAGUGUACCAGGGCGUCCGAGUCAAGCACACGGUGAAAGACCUGCUGGCGGAGAAGCGAUCCCGACAGACAAAUGGACCCAGAUACAGCGGAGGAUCCACCACGCCGCCGUCGUUUGUCCAGAUGCCAGGGUCUCACAUGCUGCCCAGCUACUACAGCAUGAGGCGUCCCUUCAUCUCAGACUCAGACUUCUGCCCGUCCACCAAGCAGUUCUCCCCUGACGUCUAUUCGUCCACACUGGGCGGUAAGCCUCUGGGCUGCGAGCCGUCCACCAUGACCAGCUACUCCUCCCUCAUCGACAGCUACUACCCAGAGACCUUUGGUGAUUACCGCAGCGCCGCCGCCUUCUCCAGCUCUGGGGGAUCCUUCCUGCCUUCAUCGGCCCUCUCCUCCCUGCUGCCUCCUUUCGGUGGAGAGUCCUCGCACCUGUUUCUGAGAGACUCAUGGGAGCAGACGGUUCCAGAGUCAGUAUCGCAGGUGGAUGCUCUGUGUCCUGAUGGCCUGGCCUCCGUUAGCGUCCCUCCCUCCAUGCCUAGCCCGGAGCCCCCAGGAAGCCCCUCCCAGUACCGCUCGCCCAGCCGCGGCUCCUCAAUGGGCCCCGUCUCCAGCAGCCAGCCCUACACCCUGCACUCCCUGGAAGACGCCCACUACCACCCCUUAACCACCAGCAGCUCCUACCAGGUGCCUUCCACCUCCUUCCCCUGCCCUCCGUACAUGAGCAGCUCCGUCAGCGACCUGGUGUCCAAGAUGGUGACAGAGGAGGCGGCCGACAGCCACGCCGGCCUCACCUCCAACACUGAGGCUCACUGCUGGGCCAAAGAGGACGGCGUGAGCUCCUGGUCACCCUAUGAGAUCAGGAGGGCCUACUGACUGGACGAGGGACCUGAGGCUCGGAUGGUGGAAUUUUCACAGACAAUUGUGAGCUCAGCAAGCACUUGACAGUAAGGUCACUCAGUCAAACCACUGUGAGGUGAUUUGAUGAGGAGACAGUGCAUUUACACAGAGAGGAUUCAAGUUUGAAUAUGUUGGUAGGAGUGAGGGAGCCUAUGUUGACCAAUGUGUCCAUAUUACAGCCUGAUCUGGUGGGAAAUUCCAACAUUUUUUCUUUUUUUUUUUAUGUGCAUCUUUUGUUUUUAUUCUUAUGACAAAGAGUGAUCAGUGUGGACACAUCGCAAGACUUAAAGCUGAAAAUUUCAAUGAUGAAGUUUGCUGAAGUUAAUCAAAUAGUGCAGUCCCUUUCACAGUGUAUGUAUACUGCGUGUGAUAUGAGGCCUCGUGCUUUUUGUAAGAAACUAUGUGAAUACUAUGAUGACAUGCAAAUAAACAGGGAACUCGCUCCUCCGAGAGGUAACUGGACAGUGGCCGGUGGGUGCAGGGUGAGAUUGUGGAGUAGCCCAAGUUGUGCACUACAUCUGUUCACAUGUUUGUGUUUGGGUCGAAAUAAACAUACAUGUAGCAUUUAAAAAUGGUGUGAGGCUGAUCUUUAGGCUAGGAGUUCAGGUCGUGUGAGACAGGUGUGUGUUGUCAUGAUUUAAUGUGUGCUAAACGGUUUGCGAGACAAUG